GGUACUGCGGCUUCUUUGGCUUUACCUCUGAUUCUCAUAUAUACACAUCACACAAUACACAGUCACACAAUACAACUCAACUCUAAAUCCACUUCCCCACUCUCUCUCCUCUUUCCAUCGUCCAUGGCCUCACUCAUCGAAUCUGGCUGGCAGUACUUGAUCACACAUUUCAGUGAUUUUCAACUGGCGUGUUUGGGAAGUUUCUUUCUACAUGAAGGUGUUUUCUUCUUGUCUGGACUUCCCUUCAUAUGGCUUGAGAGGGCAGGGUGGAUGAGCAAGUACAAAAUUCAGGCCAAAAAUAACACCCCUGCUGCUCAGGAGAAAUGUAUUGUUCGCCUGUUGCUUUACCAUUUUGGUGUCAAUCUACCUGUUAUGGUUUUUUCAUAUCCCGUCUUCAGAUACAUGGGCAUGCGGAGUAGUUUUCCCCUACCGUCCUGGAAAGUAGUUCUAAUUCAAAUAAUCUUUUACUUCAUUUUGGAGGACUUUAUAUUCUACUGGGGACAUAGAAUACUGCACACAAAAUGGCUAUACAAGCAUGUGCACAGUGUUCAUCAUGAGUAUGCUACACCGUUUGGUCUUACUUCUGAAUAUGCUCAUCCUGCUGAGAUACUUUUCCUUGGGUUUGCUACCAUUUUUGGUCCCGCCAUUACUGGGCCCCACUUGAUAACUCUCUGGUUAUGGAUGGUUCUGAGAGUCCUAGAGACAGUUGAGGCUCACUGUGGUUACCAUUUCCCAUGGAGUCUUUCGAACUUCCUUCCAUUGUAUGGAGGAGCUGAUUUCCACGACUAUCAUCACCGUUUAUUGUACACCAAGUCUGGGAACUAUUCAUCAACUUUUACUUACAUGGACCGGAUAUUUGGGACUGAUAUAGGCUACAGAAAGUUGAAAGCAUUGAAGAGCAUAGGAGUUGAAGACAAUAGUGAACAAAAGAAACAAUAAGAACAAGUUUUUGGGAAUAUCCAGGAAUGAUUAGAGAGUUGAUAUGCAACUUGAGGGUAUAUUUGAAAAAUUUCCUAUCAACUCCUUAUGUGUUCUUGUGUUUGUGUAGUGGCCGGUGUUGUCUACAAUGUGCUGAUGGCUGUUUCUGGACAUUCAUGCCCUGUUAAUUAGAAAAACUUCAUUAGUGACAGUGAUUUCAAUUUUUGGAUGUUUACCUUUGCUGAUCUAAUAUUCUUGAUAAUACCCUGUUUUUUCCUUGUUGCGCGUGAAUGUUAUUUGUUUGAUGAUAAAAUCAUUUGAAUUGUAUGGAGCCAAAUGACAGUUGUGAUUGAAUUGGAACUUAUUUUUAAGUA